AUGUUGGGUGGCCUCCUGAAGCACACGACGACGGUAACCUCGCCUGAGCAGAAGAGCAGCACACAGACUUCGCUCCCGGUACUCCCCAGGGGCCACCUCCUUGUGGGCCCCAAGGAGCAGCUCCGUCUUCUGGCCCCCGUGGGGGGGUUGUCCAAUCACUGCAAGGCCCCCGCCCUGCUGGUGGCAGCGACCCCGCCGGCCCCGCGACCACCCUCCUCCCUAAGCGAGGAAGAUGAUGCCGGUGGCGGCGGAAGGGUGAGGAAGAAACGCAAGAAAAAGGAGAAACGGGAAUCGCUGGAGGACGACGAUGCUGACGCCGCUAAAAAACGCAAGCCGGGCAGGGGGACCCCCAUCGAUGGAGCCGGCCCCAAUAAGAAGCGCAGGACCAAAGCACGGGUUGAUGCUGACCCGGGGGCUCGGAGCGAAAUCCCGCACGGUGCCAGGCGGAAAAACACUUGCACCCCCUCCGUCACUCUUCCGCUUUCUGCGGAAGUGCCUGUUAAGAUUCCCGGAAAACGAGGGCGGAAACCCAAGAUUAAAAUCUUGCCUCCACUUCCCUCACAUCAAGCUACACCUGCCUCGGCCACCCCCAUCAGGCAGCAAGCCCAACACCCCAAGAACCACAACCAAUCUGGUGUCAAACCUGCUGCUCCCACACCGCCCAAGCAGAGGGGCCGCAAACCCAAAGAUCCCGGCGCUGCCCCGGUGGAGAAGAAAAGAAAGGUUAAGCGGAGAAAGUCGACGGCAGCUGUCCCAGAGGGGGCAGAGAGCGAUGACGCCGCCUCGCUGUCCGUCAACACGGGUGGGGAGGACAGCCAGGACCCCCUGGACAAUGCGAAGCGACGCUCGGGUCGUCAAGUGAAGCGCAGGAAGUACAACGAAGAUUCGGAUCUGAAGGUGGUGGACGACGACGGGGAGACCAUCGCUGUCCUGGGAGCUGGACGUAUCGCCGCACUCAACGCCACCGCGCUGGCCUGGCAAGCCGAGGAACCGCCAGAGGAUGAAGCCAACAUCAUCGAGAAGAUCCUGUCUGUGCGUCCGGUGAAGAAGGAGGAGCAGGCCGAGGAGACUGAAGAAUUUUACGUCAAGUACCGAAACUUUUCCUAUCUGCACUGCAAGUGGGCCACACUUGACGAGCUGGAGAAAGAUCCAAGAAUCCACCAGAAGAUCAAACGCUUCAGGACCAAGCGGGCGCAAAUGAAGCACCUUUUUAGCGAGCCUGACGAGGAUUUAUUUAAUCCUGACUACGUGGAGGUGGACAGGGUGCUGGAGGUGGCCGUCACCACGGACACGGAGACCGGAGAGGAGGUGACGCACUAUCUGGUGAAGUGGUGCAGUCUGUCCUACGAGGAGGCCACCUGGGAGCUCCAGGAGGACUUAGACCCGGAAAAAAUCAAAGAAUUUGAGGAAAUUCAAAAGCUGCCGCCGGACUUGCGACAUGUGGAGCGUCCGCCCCCCGAAAAGUGGCAGAAGUUGGAGCGUUCCCGAGAUUACCGCAACGGGAACCAGCUUAGAGAGUACCAGCUAGAGGGCAUGAACUGGUUGCUUUUCAACUGGUACAACAGGAAAAAUUGCAUCCUGGCUGACGAAAUGGGCCUAGGCAAGACCAUCCAGUCCAUCACUUUCCUGAACGAGAUGUUUGGCAUGGGCAUCCGGGGGCCCUUUCUGAUUAUCGCGCCGCUCUCCACUAUUACCAACUGGGAGCGCGAGUUCCGUACAUGGACGCGCAUGAAUGUCAUCGUCUAUCACGGAUCCCAGAUCAGCCGGCAGAUGAUCCUACAGUACGAGAUGUUUCACCGUGAUGCCCAGGGCAAUGCGGCAACGAGCGUGCUAAAGUUUCACGGGUUGAUCACCACCUUCGAGAUGGUGAUGGCCGACUGCCCCGAGCUGAAGAAGCUUCAGUGGCGCUGCGUGGUCAUCGAUGAGGCGCACCGCCUCAAGAACAGGAACUGCAAGCUGCUGGAGGGACUCAAGCUCAUGAACCUAGAGCACAAGGUUCUGCUGACGGGAACGCCGCUGCAGAACUCAGUUGAGGAGUUGUUCAGUCUGCUGAACUUUCUGGAGCCACUGCAGUUCCCUUCGGAGAGCGCUUUUCUCCAGGAGUUUGGGGACCUCAAAACUGAGGAGCAGGUGAAGAAGCUUCAGGCCAUCUUGAAGCCGAUGAUGCUGAGGAGGCUGAAGGAUGACGUGGAGAAGAACCUGGCACCUAAAGAGGAAACCAUCAUAGAGGUGGAGCUCACCAACAUGCAGAAGAAAUACUACCGAGCUAUCCUGGAGAAGAACUUCUCCUUCCUGUCCAGAGGAGCCAACCAGCACAACAUGCCCAACCUCAUCAACACCAUGAUGGAGUUACGCAAGUGCUGCAACCACCCUUAUCUGAUCACAGGAGCCGAGGAGAAGAUCCUGGAGAGCUUCAGGAAGACUCAUGGCCCGGAUGUGCCUGAUCUUCAGCUGCAGGCCAUGAUCCAGGCGGCCGGGAAGCUGGUUCUCAUCGACAAGCUGCUGCCCAAACUUCUCAGCGGGGGACACAAGGUUCUGGUCUUCUCCCAGAUGGUCCGUUGCCUCGACAUCUUGGAGGACUACCUCAUACAGAGGCGUUACACGUACGAGCGCAUCGACGGUCGCGUGCGUGGCAACCUUCGGCAGGCGGCCAUUGACCGAUUUUGCAAGCCCGACUCGGACCGAUUCGUCUUCCUGCUGUGCACAAGGGCGGGCGGCUUGGGCAUCAACCUAACUGCUGCUGACACCUGCAUUAUUUUCGACUCUGACUGGAACCCGCAGAACGACCUGCAGGCUCAGGCGCGCUGCCACCGAAUCGGCCAGAGUAAAGCCGUCAAAGUAUACCGCCUGAUUACCAGGAAUUCCUACGAGAGGGAGAUGUUCGACAAAGCCAGCCUAAAGCUGGGCCUGGACAAAGCGGUUCUUCAGGACAUCAACCGCAAGGGCGGCCUCAACGGGGUCCAGCAGCUCUCUAAGCUGGAGCUUGAGGACCUGUUGAAGAAAGGCGCGUACGGCGCUCUGAUGGACGAAGAGGACGAAGGGUCAAAGUUCUGCGAGGAAGACAUCGACCAGAUCCUGCAGAGACGCACGCAGACCAUCACCAUACAGUCCGAGGGAAAAGGAUCCACCUUCGCCAAGGCCAGUUUCAUCUCGUCAGGCAACCGCACCGACAUCUCUCUGGACGACCCAAACUUCUGGCAAAAGUGGGCCAAGAUCGCCGAAGUGGAGAUCGACUCCAAGUCUGAGAAGGAGUCUCUGGUGAUCGACACCCCUCGCGUGCGCAAGCAGACUCGGCACUACAACUCUUUCGAGGACGAUGAGCUGAUGGAGUUCUCAGAGCUGGACAGUGACUCUGAGGAGAAGCCGUGCCGCAGCAGACGUCUGGGCGAGCGCGGUCGGCGCUACCUGCGAGCUGAGUGCUUCCGCGUGGAAAAGAACCUGCUCAUCUUUGGGUGGGGGCGUUGGAAGGACAUCCUCAACCAUGGGCGCUUCAAGUGGCACCUGGCAGAGAGAGACAUGGAGGCCAUCUGCAGGGCUCUUUUGGUUUAUUGUUUGAAGCACUACAAAGGGGACGACAAGAUCAAAAGCUUCAUCUGGGACUUGAUCUCACCCAGCAAGGAAGGCCAGGACCAGGACCAAGAGCUCCUCAACCACUCCGGACUGUCUGCUCCGGUUCCUCGCGGGCGAAAAGGCAACAAAAUCAAGACUCCGCUGAGUGCUCCUGAAUUAAAGAACGCAGACUGGCUAGCCCACUGCAACCCUGAAGUAGUUCUGCAGGAUGACAGCUACAAGAAACACCUCAAACAACACUGCAACAAGGUUCUUCUGAGGGUGAGGAUGCUGUACUACCUGAAGGUAGAGGUUCUGGGUGAAGCAGCCAAUCAGGCUUUGGAGGACACGGCUGCCAGCCAACUGGACGUUUCGCUGCCCGACAUUGACUACAUCGAGAUUCCGGCAUCGUGGUGGGACGCCGAGGCCGACAAAUCUCUGCUGGUCGGUGUCCACAAGCACGGCUACGAGCGCUACAACGCCAUGCGCGCCGACGCCCACUUGUGCUUUCUCGAGAGAGUCGGCAUGCCCGAUGUCACCGCGCUGUCGGCCGAGCAGGGGGGAGGAGAGGCGACUGCAGAUGUCGCCGACAGCGCGGUGAAAGGGGACGACAACAGCGAGAGCACAAAUGGCAAAAGCGAAGGAGGCGAUGAGCGGGACGACAAAAUUAAGGGAGACGAGAACUGCUUGAGUGCAGACGCUGCUGACAAGCCGGAUGCCGGUGUUGCCACAGUGUGUCACGGGUCCCUCAGCGCUGACACCAAUGCUCAGGAUGCCACCCUGGUCACAACCCCGUCAGACGCAGGGAGCGGCACGGGUGUGGCAGCUCUGCAUGUGGUCCAGGCGCGCCCCCUCUGGCCCGCUGGCCCAGCUCUGACAGCCCGCCUACGCCGCCUGAUUGCGGCCUACCAGCGCUUCACGCUGAGACGUGAGCCCCUCCUGCGGCACGACUUCCUGCUUCACGACGGCGCGGUGGGCGCCUCCCUUGGCCUCCGUGCCGAGGGAGCCCUGGCCUGGCAGCUGGGUGAAGAGCUGAGGCGCUGCUCCUCCAGCCACGCCGAAUCGGAAGCAGUCUUCUUGGAGUGGCAGAGGAGAUGGACCCGGCGCGAGCAGAUGGACUUUUACCGUACUGUGUCGUCGUUCGGCGUGGCCUACGAUCCUGACAGGAAAAUGUUCGACUGGUCGCAGUUUCGAGUUCUGGCCCGACUGGAGAGGAAGACAGACGACAGCCUGGAAACGUACUUCAACUCAUUUGUCAAGAUGUGCCGGAGCGCCUGCAAGCUGCCGCCCAGGAAGGAAGAAGGCUUGAUGGACAGCAGCAUUCUGGUGGAGCCUCUGACAGAAGAGCGAGCCGCACGGACCUUGUACCGCAUCGAGCUUCUCCGCAAGAUCCGUGAACAGGUCCUCCGCCAUCCGCUGCUGUCGGCGCGCCUGCAGCUGUGCCGCCCAUCACUCUACCUCCCCGUGUGGUGGGAGUCGGGAAAGCACGACCGGGACCUUCUGGUGGGAGCGGCUCGACACGGGUUGAGUCGUACAGACUUCUACAUCCUCAACGACCCCCAGCUGGGCUUCCUAGAAGCCCACAGGAACUAUGUGAGGGGACACCACACGUCCCAUCUUCACAGGCACCUUCCUCCACAUCAGCCCAGCAUCAGUCUAUGUAAACCAGGGGUAUCCAACUUUUCCAGCUCGCACCCUCAGCUGCCGCCCCCCCACUGCUGCCUGUACGACACCCCUCCACCUCCGGAGUAUCCUCAGCAGGCAACCUCUACUCCCUCUUCGUCAUCGUCCUCUUCUUCUCACCCGCACGCUCGGCCAGAGGCGAGCUCUCCAGGCCUGGGGAUGGUCUCGACUUCCCGGGGCGACUUCCUGGACUGCCCCCCACUGGAUGAGAGCCUUGGGGACAUGGAGGCGCUGCACGGGGGCAAGGCUUCCAAGGACGCCCCCAACGGCUUCCCCUUUAACUCAGCGGCCGGCGGUCAGAGCAUGCUCAACUCGUAUGGUGGCGACCUGCGCUCCGAGCUGAGGAACGACGCACUGGUGGGGGAGCAGGGCUCGUCCGAGGAGACCGGACUUUUGGCGCCGUCUGUGGAGCUGGAUCGGCUGCAGGCUCCCUGGGAUGGAACGGACCACUCCAGCCCGGCUCAGCACAUGUUCAACGAGUCGGACCCCAUCCUAGGUCCCACGGGCUUCCUGGAGGAGGAGGACGAGGAGGCUCGGCACGGGGACGGCAGUGCCAGCGGUGGCGGGGAUGGGACCCUGGAGGAGUGUCUUGGACUACCCCCUUCGGCUUCACCCUCUCAUCCGUCGGCCGCCGAUUCCGUGGAGUCAGCCAGCUUCAUGCUGUUCAAGGACAUCGGUGUUAGUGAAGAGGCUGGUGUGGACCAAAGCGACCUGGCGGCGAGCCCCUUGCCGCCUUAUAUCGCCCCGCUCUCUCCGCCCGACACGUUGGAGGACGUCAGGGGUCGGGACGCCCGAGGCGGAGAUGACAGCUUCAAGUUCGAUGUCAAGGGCGAAGACAGCUUGGAGAAAGACAACAUUCUACUUGAGGACCAGUGUGACUCUCAUCAAGCCGUUCACGCGAGUCUGCGUCUGCCUCUGGACCUGGCCCACAUGGGCGCCCCACCCGAGCCGCGGGAUGACAUUGAUGUCCCCGACCCGCUGUGUCCGGAUCUCAUGUGUCCCAUGGAUGAAGUGGACACCUUGAUGUUCGCCGAAGAAGACGAGGAGGAUGAAGAGGAGCGUGCCGACCCGAUGCCCGAAGCUCCGGGGGAGCUUCUCAGAGGAGAGAACGACGAGCCCGAAGCGGACAGUCUUCUUGACGACGACGCGGCGGCAGAUCCGGAUCCCGAGGAAAAAGCGGAGCUUCUGGGGGAGACGGAGGAGCGCAAACCCGAGAUGAGCCCCGUUAAGUCGGAUGAUGUUGCUACGGAGACGGAGAGCGGUCCCGUUGAGGGGGAAGUCCUCCGGCCGAUGGCGGACGAGACCAAGACGCAGGGUCUGGACUCUGGCAGCGUUAUGACCGAGGCCAGCCGGGAAUUUUUGGAGGUCAAGGUGGAUCCCGACACGGAGCUCAAAGGUCAACCCGAGGAGGAGACGUCCUCCUCGCCGGCGGCUGUUGUGGAGGAUUAUUCUGGAAGUCCCAGAUUCGCAGCUCCCUUUUCCAUGGGUGACCCCCCUGAAAUCCACGAUGCCCGGGAGCCCACCAUUGCUCAGCUGCUCCAGGAGAAGGCGCUGUUCUCCUACUCUGAUUGGCCAAAGGAUCGUGUGAUCAUCAACCGACUAGACAGCAUCUGCCACGCCAUCCUGAAAGGCAAAUGGCCAUCGUCCAGUGAUCAGUACGACCCGCCGGCCUCCGUCGGCACCAACCAGCAGCACCUCCAGCGGAGCGCAUUUUUCCCUGCCGCUGUCGCUGGGCAGGCUCGGAUCCAGCAGGCCAACCCGGGCCUGGCCUUCCCCAUCCUACCGCCUCCUCUCACUAGACUGCCCAAGUACUCGGGGCGGGGUGGCGGCCGCGGGGCAUGGCGCGUCACCUCCCUCCCUCUCUUACAGGAGAGACUGGUGGCUCCGCCCUUCCUCCCCGAGCCCAAGCGCUCAGCGGGGCGGCGCUCCUUCGAUUAUGAAGCCGCGGCGGCGGUCGCCGCUAAGGUGCUAGCUGGCAAGGCGGCGGCCUCCAACCGGAACCCCUGCGGGGAAGGGUCACCCAAUUGCCGUUCUGGCACCCCCCUGCCGAACGGCUGGCAGGAAGCGGCCAUGGAUCUCAGCAAAUCGCCGGGCGACUUGCUCACACCCACGCCGGGGGACGGUGCUCGAAAGGUGACCCCGCCCCCGCCCAUUACGGCGCCCCUGGCGGGCUCGGCAGGGUUGGACAUGGCAGGUAUCCUGCAGGCCGGACUCAUCCAUCCCGUGACGGGGCAGAUUGUCAAUGGGAGCCUGAGGGGCGACGACUCGCUUCGGAGGAGGCGGGGCCGCAGGAGAAACGUCGAGGCGCUCUACUCAGAGUUUGCUAAGGGUCAAAGUAUGCACCUUCCUGAUACGACACAGGGUCGCGCAGAGGCUCUGAGCCCAUCUUCAUCAUCUGAGCUCCCGGUGGCGCCCCCUACAUCGACGGCACCCGCGCAGACGUCCCUAUCUGAUGCGGCCGCGGAGCAGGAAGCGGCCGGCGGCAAAGGUUUAAUGGAGUGGCUUCGACAUAAACCGGGAUACAGCUUGGACCUUCCUUUCGCUCAUGUGGGGGCGGGCGUCCUGCACGGAUUGGUCAAGCGGCCCAAGCAGCGGCGCCACCGCUGCAAAGACCCCACCAAGCUGGACGUCAACUCCUUGACGGGGGACGAGCGUGUUCCCGUUGUGCAUCGUGGGACUGGACGCAGGCUGGGCGGCGCUAUGGCUCCGGCCAUCAAGGAGUUGUCUCGCUGGUUGGAUGCCAACUCUGAAUACUUUGUGGCCACAGAUUGGGCGGACGUCGUCAAGCAUUCCGGUUUCCUCCCGGAGGUCAAGUUCUCCCGCAUCCUGACGGAACCCGUCAACAGAGACCCCUCGUCGCGGCGCCGCGGCCGGCGUCCCCGCAGCGAGAUGCCCAAACCCCUCCCGUCGGACCUGCCGCCACCCAUCUUUAUGAACGGCGCCCUGUUGAGCGGCGUGGACUCGGCGAUUGCCGUGCAGAACUUCCGCGCCGGGAUGCCCGGAAUACCCAUCGUGGCUGCGGGAUUCCCUCAUGUUUUCCCACCGGCGGAUGAGGGCAAGAACGGCCUGAGCGUGUUACCUAUGAUGCUUCACGGUGUGCCGCCGUCCCCCCACGGCACCACGGUCCCGCAACACGCCCUGUUCGGUGUUAUGCCGCUUCAUGCCACUUCUUCCUCCUCGCCGAGCGGGAAAAGCGGCACCACGGAGACUGGUGGCGGAACGCCAGCGACGCCCACCGAGCCCGCCACGCCUUCUGGGGUCCAGAAUAAGUGCGACCCUGGGAGUCACCUGACUUUCAACCCCUUCCUAAUUCCUGGCAUGUCCCAUGGCCUCCUUUACCCGCACAUGUUUCUCCCACACGGCGGUAUCGUGGCACUGCCUGCCGUCCCCAACGCCGAGGACGAGUCCCCCAAAAAGAGGCGGCGGCGAGAGCGGGAGGAAAAGGAACCUGAGAGUCAGCAAUCGGAUUUGCACAAGGAACCGGAAGCGGAAGGACCCGAGAAACCCGAGCAAAGCACGGCAGAGCCUUCAACUCCGCCACCCUCGCAGGAAGCGAACUGCACAGAGGGGGACGAGGGAGUGCCACGGGACCCGCAAAGAGACCCAGAAAAAGACCCGUAG